UCAGACACAAGCACCCGAGUUCAAGUAACAUACUAACAUAGGGCACACUAAAUUCUAUGGUUGAGGCAAUUGGGUAAGAUAACAUUAACAAACAUAGUACUGCCGUUAUAAAGCUUGUAUUCAGCCCCUUUUUCUAUGUUUUGCGUCAUAGUGUGAAGUAGGAAUACUCAAACCAAAAGCUGCUACGUAUUUUGCAAAAGCUUAAUUACCCAGAAGGCCAGAAUGAGUAUCAGCUCAGAAAUCUGAAACUUGUCUGACCAAAUUUGUGUUCAGCGAUGUCUGGUGACUGAUGCAGAACGCAAGCCGAGUCUACUUGUAAAAGGAGAGAAGUUGAAAGGCAUAGAGAAAGUAUAAAUAUACCGGGCUCUCUAUGCUACGCCCAUCCUACUCGCUUUUGUUUUCAGAUUUAGAUGGGCAUUCCCCUGCUGGCAUUACAUAGUGAGACAUCCAGAGACCAGUUCCCUUUACUUAUGGAGCGUUUGGAAGAUCGUGAAGGCCAUCAGCAUGUGAUUGAUAUUGCUGUAGUUAAUGAUGCUCCUUCAAGUAUAUCGAAUCAAGCAGAAUCUCAUGAUACUGUAGAUAGACCUUCAAGUAGUACACAACAAACCAACUCACCACAGUCUUCUUCCGGAAGAAAUAGCUCUGGAAACCCCUCUUAUGUGGGGAGAGGUGAUUCUUAUGGUUACACAAGCCCAUUGAAUUCUGGUCUAUGGAUCUCAGUUGAGCUGAUUGUCACUCUUGCUCAAAUUGUUGCUUCUGUAGUUAUUCUGUCCUUGUCAAGAUAUAAGAGUUCAGAUGCCCCGCUAUUUGCAUGGGUUGUGGGCUAUGCAUGUGGUUGUCUUGCAACACUUCCUAUUCUUUAUUGGCGUCUUCGCAAUUGCAGCCGUGGUCGUGAUCGUGAUCGUGAUCGAUUUUCAGUUCAAGCACAUCAGAGCUCCUCAGAGAGUGUCACUGCUGAAGCUACUGUGUCCACAUCACCUCUAAGUCAAGAAGUAAAUAGCCAUGACAAUUCACGUAUAGUUGCUAGAAACAGUCAAUUGAGACGAAGAAUUAGUGUACGACUCAAUGGAGUAGUGGAUCACUUCAAGAUGGCCUUGGACUGCUUCUUUGCAGUGUGGUUUGUUGUGGGUAAUGUGUGGAUUUUUGGGGCACAUUCCUCUCCUUCAGUAGCUCCAAAGCUGUAUAGGUUAUGUAUAGUUUUCCUUACCUUCAGCUGCAUUGGGUAUGCGUUGCCAUUUCUAUUAUGUGCUACCAUAUUCUGCUGCUUGCCCUGUAUUAUUUCAGUAAUGGGUAUUCGAGAAGAUCUCUCAAAACCCAGAGGAGCAAGUAUAGAAACUAUUGAUGCUCUACCGACCUACAAAUUUAAGUCAAGAAAAAAUGGGAGCAUUGAUGAUGAACAGAUAUGCUUGAAGGCUAGCAAAGAUGACAUUUUGUCUGAUGGAGCUCAGAAUGAGUGUGUCAUAUCUGGAGAAGAUGCUCUUUGUUGUAUUUGCUUGGCAGCCUAUGUGGACAAUGACGAGUUAAGGGAACUGCCUUGCACCCAUCUAUUUCACACGGAGUGUGUGGACAAAUGGUUGAAGAUCAAUGCUUCAUGUCCUCUAUGCAAGCUUGAGAUUGGUGAGGAUAGAACUAGGGCCUUGUCAUCCAGCCGAAACAACAGCAUGCGACAAAAUGUGAAUGGUGAAGGCGAUCUCAGUUUAACCUCCUCCAAUAAUCCGUAGUGUCAAAUGUUAUAUACUACAUAUGUAAUACCAACCUUCUUCUUUUGAAAAGUUCACUAUGACCAGUUUUCAGCUUUGUAAAAAUUUGUGAUUAAUAGUACAGAGAGAGACUGGUCUCGAAUAUAUUGAAUGAGCUUGGAUUACAUUAUGAAAAUGCGACUUAAUUGUCUCAA